UGUUAUUGGUAAUGUGUUAUUGUUCGUUAUAAACUUUUCAUUCUUCGCUCUUAUAAAGAACGCGUCCGAUCGUCACUAUACGUCGCGAACGGGCCUGACCCGUGGAUCCGGACACACGGGGUAACACGGGUACACAGACCCUAAUUACCCGUUCCGAACGGGCCACAAAUCCGGUUUCGUGUAACACGAGAACGGGGCCCCGGAGACGGGUACACGAAACCCUUUUGUGCAAUAGAGUUUAAAUAAAUAAAUAUUUUACUAGGAAAAGUAGAUAUUUUUCUAACUGAUGAAAAAAAUAGAAUUUGAACAUGCGACCCACAUGGUUUAUGAAGAUAAUAACUGCGCAUUCCAAACAUUACUAAAUUAUGACAAAUUAAAGAGAGCGACAAGAAUGUAUUUAAUCUCCAAAGGUAAAACCUUAACUUAAAUUAAAAGGUUUGUAAGAACGGACGUUAGUCGCUCAUUAGGUAAACAUUCCCGGGUCCUUAUCUCGGAGAUAGGCUCGACAUACCGCCACGGCACCUAUUUAAAGGACGGCUGGGAGUGUUCAAACAUUUACUGACGCAGCAGCCUUGCCUGUCACCAUGCUCGUGUUUAAAUGUUUUCUCCCAUUUCUAAUUGUGUGUUUGGUGCAAGGAGUUUAUUGCAAACCAACAAGUAAUGAGCUAACCGAGGGCCGUGGGAUUGGUUCAACGAUCUGGGGAUGGAUCACGUAUCCCUUCACGGGGUGGUGGGGCUCUUCAGACACCGGGGCUCCGCCCCAAGCCGAUCUCCUCAACGGGUCGACCACCAUUGGCCCGUACGACAACGUCGAGAUCGCGUCUCGAAACCUCACGAUUUGGUGCAACGACCACACCUGCACUACUAUGAAAUGCGAUAAAACUGCAUGUGUGAAUGUUACGUGUAACAUUUAUGAUACAUAUGUUACGGGGCAAUGUCGAGAGUACAACAUGGGCCUGAAGCCAGAGGAGCCGAAGCCAUCGCUACCCACCGAGCCCGCCCCUACUUCGAGCUCUGAAGCGGUUGCCGCGGCACCAGAGUCGUCAACCGCACCCAUAGUGCCAACCCAAACGGAAGAACCAGCAGAACACCCGUUAGAGCUGGAAGCUGUACUAUCUUCCACAGUCACCAAGGGGAACCCUGAUGUACCGCCUCCGAAAGAGAGAGUGGACAAAUCGAGUCCUCAAAAUAAGAUCUAAACUCAACCUCAACUGAAGAUUCCGAUGCAACAUCAACUAUAAUUCUAGCAGUAAAAGACUUGUUCAGCAACUACGCUCAUUUCGUGAUAGAGCGCUUUGCAACGUCUCUCGCAGACAGCCUGGUGACUCAGUUAAACAUCAACUCGCAGUGUGUAGAUGGAACAUGUUACUACAGUCUUUGUGAACAUGAUAAUUGUCAAGUGCAGUAUUGCCAGUAUCAUUUAGUAACUGGAGCCAAAACUUGUUCUAGCAGACCAUUGGGCCCGCCGACUACGACGCCCGCUUUGGAAUAUUCUAGCGAUAAACUUGUUAGUAACAAUGAUGAGGAUAAUAGUAUCAGUUUGUUUGAUAGAAUUUUGAACUAAUGCCGUCAAAAUCGUCAGGCUUGUAUUUUAUUUGACUAUGUAGUUAAAUUUAUUAAUUUAACUGAUACAAUGUAAAGCAGCAUGUACAUUCAGCCAAGUCCAUAAUGAAUUGUUCACUUAUCGUACGCAUUUAAGAUAACGCAGUUGUUACAAAUGAAAACUUAAAUUCUUAAGAAUGAUAAUGUAAAUUGAGUAUUCAAUGUGUUAAGAAUAAUUAAAUAAUGUUAGACAGUU